CACCCGCGCCACCGCGCCGGCCCCAACGCCCUCGACGGCCUGCUCGCCUCCGAGGAGACGCAGUACAGGCGCCGGGUGAAGGAGAAGAUGGCGCUGGGCCACUUCCGGCCAGAGGGCAUCGGCGAGCAUGGGUCCAUCCCCGGAGAGCCCGGUGUCGACUACCCGACCUACAGCAAGCCGCCCGUGCCCAGCUUCUCCUGCCUGGACUUCAAGGGGCGGCGCGGAUAUGUUGCUGACCCGUCCACCCGCUGCCAGGUACGUCGAAGAACCACGCUUCGGUUAGAACGUUCCUUAAAUGCUCUUAUCCGCAAACCAAGACUUCUUGAAUUGUGA